AUGGCAGAUCUGGCAGUCAUUUCAAAGAAUGCUCCGUCGGUCGAUUCGGUUACCAACGAGGCAAAAGGUAGCGAAGCGCAAAAACAUGGAUUAGAGAAUCCUGAAAAGUCAAGAUGGGAACGAAGCUGGCCGACGAUAGCUUGUGGUGCUGGUCUUUUCUCAGAUGGCUACCUGAACAACGUUAUUGGGUCCGUCAAUACGAUUCUCUCUACACUCUACCCAGACACAUACAAUAAUUCUUCUGCUGUCAAAAACGUUCCUUCCAUUGCUUUUGCCGGUACUGUUGUUGGUCAACUCUUAUUCGGCUAUAUAAGUGACCACUAUUCCCGUAAAUGGUCGUUGAUGGCUUCGACUCUUAUCCUAAUUCUCUUUGCUGCACUUUCGGCCGGCUCCUAUGGUGCAGGAGGCAGCGAAGCCGGCCUCUUUGCUGCCUUGACCGCUUACCGUUUCUUCCUCGGAAUCGGUAUAGGUGGAGAGUAUCCCGCCGGCAGUGUUGCAGCAGCCGAAAGCACAGGAGAGCUAAAACACGGCCAUCGCAAUCGGUGGUUCAUCAUGUUUACGAAUUUCCAGAUUGAUUUUGGAUUUGUCUUGUCUGCGCUGGUGCCCAUGGUUUUGGUCUUAAUCUUCACCGAGAACCAUCUGCGGGCUGCAUGGAGAGUUAUGUUGGGAUUGGGAGUGAUUCCGCCGCUGACUCUCCUCUGGCUGCGGCUGAAGCUGAAGGAACCCGAGGAGUUCAACAGGGAACGUAUGCACAAAUACCCUGUCUUGCUUAUUAUUAAAUUCUACUGGAAACGACUUGUAAGUUCGAUUGUCUCCCUCAUUUGGUUCAUAUAUGAUUUCUCCGCUUAUUCUUUCGGAAUCUACUCCUCGGUCUGGCUUAAAAUCGUCCUGGGUUCAUCUGCCCCCCUCUGGAAGACCUUUGGAUGGAACACCGUGCUCAACCUUUUCUACAUUCCCGGUUCAUUCGCGGGAGCCUGGGUAAGUGACUGGAUCGGACCGAGAUAUGCCCUUGCUCUUGGAGUCGGCCUCCAGGGCAUCUUGGGUUUCAUUAUGGCCGGCUGCUAUAAGUAUCUUGCAACCCCACAAAAUGUUGCCGCCUUCGUCGUUGUAUAUGGGAUAUUUUUAUCCCUGGGUGAACUUGGGCCAGGUGAUAAUAUCGGACUUGUCGCAUCCAAGACCAGUGCAACUGCUAUCAGAGGCCAAUACUAUGGUAUAGCAGCAGCAAUGGGCAAAAUAGGAGCCUUUGUAGGAACCUACGUCUUCCCCAUCAUCAAGGAUAAUGCACCAAACCCGGUACGCGCUGGGCAGGAUCCUUUCUUCGUGUCCAGUGCACUCUGUAUGUUCAGCGCAGCCUUAGCCGUUUUCCUAUUGCCGCAUAUUGGUCAGGACACCAUAACAUACGAGGAUACGCGAUUCAGACAGUAUCUUCAGGAGAAUGGAUAUGACACUAGCACCAUGGGAGUUCAGACGGAUGCCUCGGUGAGCCACGACUCAGAGAAGAACUGA